UUCUGUCUCCCAGCCGGCUCCGCCCGGCCGUCCCCCCGCCCCCACGGAGGUCAGGGAGGCCCUCCCGGAGGAGGCUUUUCCCGGGUGAGGGAGUGGGGGUUCUGGGGGGGGGGAGCGCUGCCCCGCCGCCCCUUCCCCCGCACGCUGGAUCCGUGAGACGCUAAGGAUGCCAGAUCCUGGAGUUCUCCUUCACCAUGGCUUCCUCCAAGCUACGAGACACAGACGAGGUUUUUGACCUGGAUGACGUGGUCCCGGAAACAGCCCGGCUGGACAGCAGCCUGCACAAGGCGCGGGCUCAGCUGCUCGCCAAGGGUAGACGACACCGGCCAUCUCGCUCCCGCCUGCGGGAUAGCGCUAGCUCCACUGAGGGCGACGAGGGUCCUGAGCACAAGGCCGAUGGUGCCGGCAGCCCCCUGCACCGGCUACGUUCCCCGUUGCACUCAGCCCUGCCUGGGCUGGGGUCCGGCCUACCGCCCUCCGCAGGCCUGGCCAGCUCCAGCCCCUUCUCCCGAGGCUCCGAAUUCUCCUUUGAGGCGGCUGGCCUGCGCCGUGGGGGUCCGGAGGAGGAUGAGACCCCCGCCUCCCCUCUGGCCCGCUACCGCCCACUGCACAACACCUCUUCCCACGAAGCCUUGGCCUCUCCACUGGCCUCCUCGCCUCCUAAGUCCGGCCACAGCUCAGACAGCUCCCCCGUCUACGUGCGCCGGGACCCCAGGGCCGAGCGGCACAGCGAAGAUGACUGCCGAGAUGCCAGCCCCCCCGAGCUCGCCAGCCCCACCAUCGGCCUGGACAAGAAGACGAGACACAAGUUCCUGGACCUGGGGGUCACCCUGCGCCGGGCCUCAACAGGAAAAAGUCGGAAAGAUAAAGGUGGCAGCCGCCUGUCCAUGGGCAGCAGGGAGUCUGUGGAGGGCUCAUCCCGAGGGGGCAGCUCCCCGUUUCUGCCCUUCUCCUGGUUCACGGACAGCGGCAAGACCUCCACAUCCUCGGGCAGCACGGCCUCCCCCGCCUGCUCCCCCAAGCAUGAGGGCAUCAGCCCCAAGAAGUCCGCAUCGCAGGAGUCCACUUUGAGCGACAACUCGACACCCCCCAGCAGCAGCCCCCGCCUCCCCAGCAGUGCCCGGCCCAAGUGUUCGUACCCCUACCACACGCUGUCUCAGUCCUCUGAUGAGUUCUUGGAGGAGCCCCCUCCCCUCCCCACAGCCACUCACUGGACCAGCCAGCAGGUGGGUCAGUGGCUGGAGAGCUUGCGCCUGGAGCAGCACGUGGCCGAGUUUGCUGCCCGCCGGGUGGACGGGCAGCAGCUUCUACAGCUGGACGGUGGCAAACUGAAGAGCCUGGGGCUCAGCAGCUCCCACGACCGGGCCCUGGUCAAGCGGAAGCUGAAGGAGCUCAGCGCCGCGGCAGCCAAGGAACGCAAGGCGCAGGAGAAGGCAGAGCGGCAGCGAGAGAAACACAAGCGCAAGGAGAUGGAGCCCCACCGGAACUAGGGGAGCAGCCCCCCUCGUCACCGAUCCCGGCCCCUCCUCCACCACCUUGCCCGGCCCAGCCCUGGGGUUUGCCCCUCCCAGCGGGGGCAUCACAUGGACGCAGAAAGGGUCUGAGGCACUGAUUGGGGCACUGGGCGGGGCACAUGGACUGGUAUGGGAGCCUGUCCUGCCCCCACCCUGGGCAGUCCUGGCAGUCCUAGCAAGGAGUGUGGGACCCAGCACCCCCUCCCCGCCACCUCCACACCCACUGCUCUAA